AUGGAAGUGGACUCUAAGGAGCGCAGCCUUGUUAUAUAUACGUCGAAUCGAAGCGUGGGUGGAGAAGAACAAAGGGAGAAAAAAGAUCACAUAUCAGAGGAAAGAGCAGAAAGCAGCAGCGCAGAGGACGACUCCAAGAGAUGUAAAGCCGCAAGUCGCAUCACAGCCCAAGAGAAGAAAAAGGAGAUAAGCAGAACAGUGGGCACAACAGCGAAGCAGGUUUCAAAUGGCCUGGUAGACGUAGCCGGAGAUCACAUCGAAGCAAACGGGGUGGUAAAGAAAAAGAACGCCGCCACGUAG